AUGUGGCCUGCAGUUGAACGCUCUCACACUGCUGUUAUAUAGUUGGUGACUUGAUUAUAAAACGCUUAGUUAGGAUGUAAAUAUCAUAUCAUUGUGUGAAUGAAUGAAUAGCAAUGUAAGCACUUACUGGUGCUACCCAGAGAGUAGCUCUCUCUUUCUAUCCUCACUGGUGCUACCACAGCUCAAUUAAGAUUACUAAGCUUACUGUGUUUCACCAAUAUUGUAGGUUCAAAUUCCACAAAUGGAUGAAUUAAUAACCAUGAAUAAUAUCGUAAUGCCAUUAGUUUCUGAUAGGCUAUACAUAUUUUUUUUUCUAUGCCACACAUAUAUAAUACCAAACUUGUCUUAAACUUAUGCAUCGUAAAUUUGUUUAUCUUAACAUAGGUCAUAGCUGAAAUUAUGAUUGUUUACGUUGUUAUGAAUAGGUAAACAUUUUAUUUUAAUUAUUUUAUUCACAAUCACAAUCAUAAUUAAAAUAUGAUUGGGAAAAGACAACAGGCAUAGCCCAAAACUGUCUUCUCCCAAAUUUUUUACAAAUAAAAGUCUCCAAAAAGGAGGUUAGAUUCCACUUUUCACUUCAAAAAGUCCAAUUUACACUUCAAAACUAAUGCCUAAACUAAAAAUUUUAAAUUUUGAUAUUUUAAAACUAAUUAACAUAGUCGAACUUAGUCUCUGUUGUGCAAUGCAAGAUGCAUUGAAAUUGCUUCAGAGUCAAGUUUGCAAUCUGUGCUUGGGCUUUAUUUUAUCAGACCGCUGACCUAUUCAAGCCUUCACUCUUUUUUGUUCAACAUAAUUUUCUUUUCAUCUAUGGGUUAUUGUCAUCUAAAAGAAAAACAUAAAAAUAGUAGUAACGCUUUUCUUCCUCUCCUGCUUUAACAUGUUAAAUUAGUGAAACGAAAUAGUUACAUUUCUACUAUAAUAAUUACUAUAAAUAACGGCUGUCACGUUGGGAUGCCGAUCAUAAGGCACUAGAAGGUGGAUGAUAAGAGAAUCGUUUGAUGAACUUGAUGUAUCUCUAAUAAGAUGCACAGAGUGUGCUGAUAUAUUUGACUUUCAUGGUAAAUUUAGUAAUAGAGAUUCUAUGGGAAACGGCAGUGGCAUGGGCUUCUCGGUCAUUCAUCAGAACAUACGUAGUUAUAGACGUAACUUUGACGAAUUUUCAACAGUAUUACAGGGAUUAGGGCAUAAGUUUAACUGCAUAAUAUUAACUGAGGCAUGGCUUAACGACGACAGCCAUCCAAUUAACAUUUCAGGUUACCAUUCUUUUAGAUCAUUCAAUAAUCUGAACCAGAGCGAUGGGUUGGUGGUCUACAUCGAUGAAGGACUUCCAGUCACUUGCAAUGAACUGGUACUGGGCGGUCUGGCCACCUGUCUCUCUCUCACCUUUACCUGGGCGGGGGCGGCAUGCGAAAUUCUAGCUGUCUACCGCAGCCCCAGCACUAAUCUAACUACAUUCAUAAACGCGUUAAACGUAUAUUGCAAUGAACAAUCGCCAGGUGUCGUCCGAAUUCUGGCAGGUGAUUUCAAUUGCGAUACGUUGAAUGUUGCCCCUGGCUCUGUUGAGGAGCAUUAUAUCGAUAUUUUGAGUGACGCAGGAUUUGUGCCCUGUAUUGACAAGGUUACACGGCCGGCCAGCGGAACCUGUAUUGACCACUUUUUUGUCAAGCUUCCGCGUUUCUUCAAUGCAUCUUCUGUUAUUCUGCAGUCCUCGGUUACCGAUCACUAUGCUAUUUGCUUGAAUAUAUUAUCGACAAAAACUCAUAAGCCGCCUAAUACAGAUAGAGUCAUUAUUAAAACAGACUGGAAAAAGGUGAGGAACACACUUUCUAGUCACAAUUGGAAUAGAGUCAUUGAACAAAACAACGUUGACAAUGCAACAGAUAUUUUCAUUGAAUCGGUACAAAACAUAAUUGCCGAAAAAUCACAUGAAGUAAAAGUUUCAUCUAGAAAUACUCAACUCAAACCAUGGAUAACUGCUGGACUAGUAAAUUCUAUUCGACAUCGUGAUAAACUCAGAAAAAAACUCAAUAGACAACCAUUUAACUAUCUCCUUAGAAAUGAGUUUACUCAAUAUAGAAAUAUGCUACAUUCAGCAAUCAAGCGAGCCAAGUAUAACUAUUACAAAAACAAAGUUGAAGAAGCGACUGGUAACCCUAGAAAAUUUUGGUCGGUUAUAAACGAAAUCUCAGGUCGUAUAGAUAAUAGUAAAUCAUUCCCCGUUAGUGCAUUCUCCCGCCCUGGUGAAGUCAUCGACUCUCAAAAAACUAAAGAAAUUGCCAACCAAUUUAAUCAAUAUUUUGCCAAAGUUGGGACAAACCUAGCAAAUUCUAUAAUAACCCAGGAUGCACCAGUAGUGAGAGAUGAUGAACAUGCUGCGGACUCUGAAUUUCAACUGCAACCGGUCUCAAGGCAGGAAUUGGAGGAGGUAGUGAAGAGUUUGAAAGGGCGAUCAGCUCCAGGUUGUGAUGGAAUCCCUACUAGAGUGAUUAAAAACAAUAUUGACAUAUUAAUACAUCCUAUCCUACAUAUAGUCAAUUUAAGCAUUCUGGUUGGACACUUUCCUUGCGCUCUCAAAACAGCCAGAGUAAUACCUAUUUAUAAAUCAGGCCCCAAAGGCAUAUUCUCCAAUUACAGACCUAUUUCUUUGUUGGCAACAUUAUCUAAAAUAAUCGAAAAGUGUAUAAAAAUACAACUGACUAAGUAUUUAAACGAGUACAAUCUCAUCUCCAACUCACAGUAUGGUUUUCAAAAGUCCAAAAAUACAUCUGAUACUCUUUUCAAUAUGUCUAGGGCUAUCUCAAGUAGUAUUAAAUCAAGAAGAAAAGUACUGAUAACCUUUUUGGACUUGGCAAAAGCCUUUGAUACAGUUGACAGGAGAAUUUUAAUAAAAAAACUUGAAUCAUUGGGGAUAAAAAAUAUCUCUCUCCGAUGGUUUAAGAGUUACUUUCACAAUCGACAGCAAUCAGUUUGCAUAAAUGGUGAAAAUAGUGAUAAAGAGAAUGUUGAGUAUGGGGUAGUCCAGGGAAGCACCCUUGGGCCACUGCUAUUCCUAAUCUAUAUCAACAAUCUGUCAAAACUAGUAGGUGUCAAUAGCGCUAUCAACAAAAUGCAGGACACUCUCGCACUGCUUGCAUCUGAUAAUGAAUCACAUAAGUCGGAGUUUUUGAAAAUUAGGGAAGAAAAUGACAAGCUGAAAAAGACUGUUCAUCUUCUUGAUGACAAAAUCAAAGAUAUGGAACAGUUUAGCAGAAAAGACAACAUAGAAAUUACAGGUGUUCCGUACAACCGAGGUGAAGAUUUAUAUGGUUUGUUGGACAGAAUCGCUGCCGUUAUUGAUGUCAACUACAACAUAAACUUUAUUUCAACCGUGCACCGCUUAGGCGUGACUAACGAACGUCCCAAUCCACCUAUAAUUGUCAAGUUCAUAUCUAGAGACUACAAGUCUUCGUGGAUAGGAGCUGCACGGGCCAAUCGCAAGAAACUGACAGCUGCUUCGCUAUCCAUCAACUGGCCCCCAACCUCUGUGUACGUCAACGAGCAUCUUUCCCCAACCAACAAAUUCAUCCUAUCAUUCAAUAAUCUGAACCAGAGCGAUGGGUUGGUGGUCUACAUCGAUGAAGGACUUCCAGUCACUUGCAAUGAACUGGUACUGGGCGGUCUGGCCACCUGUCUCUCUCUCACCUUUACCUGGGCGGGGGCGGCAUGCGAAAUUCUAGCUGUCUACCGCAGCCCCAGCACUAAUCUAACUACAUUCAUAAACGCGUUAAACGUAUAUUGCAAUGAACAAUCGCCAGGUGUCGUCCGAAUUCUGGCAGGUGAUUUCAAUUGCGAUACGUUGAAUGUUGCCCCUGGCUCUGUUGAGGAGCAUUAUAUCGAUAUUUUGAGUGACGCAGGAUUUGUGCCCUGUAUUGACAAG